AUGACGGCGCCCUGGGCGGCCCUCGCCCUUCUCUGGGGAUCGCUGUGCGCCGGUUCCGGGCGCGGGGAGGCUGAGACUCGGGAGUGUAUCUACUACAAUGCCAACUGGGAGCUAGAGCGCACCAACCAGAGCGGCCUGGAGCGCUGCGAGGGCGAACAGGACAAGCGUCUGCACUGCUACGCCUCCUGGCGCAACAGCUCCGGCACUAUCGAGCUGGUGAAGAAGGGCUGCUGGCUGGAUGACUUCAAUUGCUACGACAGGCAGGAGUGUGUGGCCACUGAGGAGAACCCCCAGGUGUACUUCUGCUGCUGUGAAGGCAAUUUCUGCAACGAACGCUUCACCCACUUGCCAGAGCCUGGGGGCCCAGAAGUCACGUACGAGCCACCCCCGACAGCCCCCACCCUGCUCACGGUGCUGGCCUACUCGCUGCUGCCCAUUGGGGGCCUCUCCCUUAUCGUCCUGCUGGCCUUCUGGAUGUAUCGCCAUCGCAAGCCUCCCUACGGCCAUGUGGACGUCCAUGAGGAUCCUGGGCCUCCGCCCCCAUCCCCGCUGGUGGGCCUGAAGCCACUGCAGCUGCUGGAGGUCAAGGCUCGGGGUCGCUUUGGCUGCGUUUGGAAGGCUCAGCUCAUGAAUGACUUUGUAGCUGUAAAGAUCUUCCCUCUCCAGGACAAGCAGUCGUGGCAGAGUGAACGGGAGAUCUUCAGCACACCCGGCAUGAAGCACGAGAACCUGUUGCAGUUCAUUGCUGCCGAGAAGCGAGGCUCCAACCUGGAGGUGGAGCUGUGGCUCAUCACAGCCUUCCACGACAAGGGCUCCCUCACGGAUUACCUCAAGGGGAACAUCAUCACGUGGAAUGAACUAUGUCAUGUGGCAGAGACGAUGUCACGAGGCCUCUCAUACCUGCAUGAGGAUGUGCCCUGGUGUCGUGGCGAGGGCCACAAGCCUUCUAUUGCCCACAGGGACUUCAAAAGCAAAAAUGUGCUGCUGAAGAGUGACCUCACUGCUGUGCUGGCAGACUUUGGCCUGGCCGUUCGGUUCGAGCCAGGGAAGCCUCCAGGGGACACCCAUGGGCAGGUUGGCACUAGACGGUACAUGGCCCCUGAGGUGCUGGAGGGAGCCAUCAACUUCCAGAGAGACGCCUUCCUGCGCAUCGACAUGUACGCUAUGGGGCUGGUGCUGUGGGAGCUUGUUUCUCGUUGCAAGGCUGCAGAUGGGCCUGUUGAUGAGUACAUGCUGCCCUUUGAGGAGGAGAUUGGCCAACACCCUUCACUGGAGGAACUGCAAGAGGUGGUUGUCCACAAGAAGAUGAGGCCUGCCAUUAAGGAUCACUGGCUGAAGCAUCCGGGCCUGGCCCAGCUCUGUGUGACCAUUGAGGAGUGCUGGGACCAUGAUGCAGAGGCUCGCCUUUCUGCAGGCUGUGUGGAGGAGCGGGUGUCCCUGAUCAGGAGGUCGGUCAACGGCACUACCUCGGACUGUCUCGUCUCUCUGGUGACCUCUGUCACCAAUGUGGACCUGCCCCCUAAAGAGUCCAGCAUCUAAGCCUAGGAUACGAGUGUCUCUCCAGACUCAGUGGAUCUGAAGAAAAAAGGAAAAAAGUUGUGUUUUGUUUUGGAAAUCCCAUAAAACCAACAAACACAUAAAAUGCAGCUGCUAUUUUACCUUGACUUUUAUUAUUAUUAUAAUUAUUAUUAAUAAUAUUAUUUUUGGAUUGGAUCAGUUUUUACCAGCAUAUUGUUCUACUGUAUUGCAAACAGCGGACACGUCAGCAGGCGUUGAGGUGCUGAGCUGUGAACGCAGAACCAGCGCCAUGCUGCAGAGCCUCAGCCACCUCCUGACCUUCGGGAUCCAUUUCCGCCAGCGUUCUCUUUGUCGUCUCGAAUCUGUAACACAGAGAAACCCGUCUCCUGUCUUAGGAAACUCAAUGCUGCAAUCUCUACUAGAGGAACCUUUGAAGACUGUUACAUGAACAUACCCUUCCUCAGAAGAGGGUCCCCCACCCUUUACUUUGUGUUUCUCCCUUUCCAGGCAGUGAGCUUAAGAAAUGGCAGAUGUGUCUUCAUGGAGCUAGUGGGUGUCAUCCUGACCCAACAGAGGGAAACUGAGAUGAGGAGGAUGCUUUAGACUGACGUUGGAAGGGAGGAUGUUCUGGGGAGGGUUUGGAGCAGAGCUACACUGGACGUGGGCACAUUUGGAGCAACACUCUUGGUAUGGAGGCUGUUUUCUCAGGUAACAAGGGAUUGAGGGUAAGGACUUAUGGGGCCGAGCAGUAAUAAUAGCAAGCACAGGGUCUGGAGAAAGUCCAGGAGCAGGGCCAGGCUGCCCCCCUGCCCAGUUUCUUCCCACUGACAUGGGCUUGGCCUUGCUCGUGUGUUAGAACUGGGGGAGGAUGUGACAGUUUAGUGGACACUCUUCAUUAGACAUGAUGCUGUAGAUCUCUUUCAUGGAGGAAAUACUGAACUGCAGUUUCUUCUUGGCAGUUUGGGGAAAUGCCCGUGGUGGCCCAGGGGAUCCCUGGGUGGGGACCUUGCUGGCCUGCCGCUCUGGCUUGACCCCAUGCAGCGGAAUUACUGACUCCUUUCUGAGGCUCAUGGACAUGGCUUUCUCCAGACCCUUUAAAGUGGUGCAUAUUCUAAAACUGUUUUUCUAUUACGCCAUAACCUUGCUCCAGGCGCUGAAUGUUCCUAAUGCUGCUGUUUCGACAUUGGAAUUUUUUUUUUUUUUAAUUUAUGAACCAUGCUAAUUCUUUUUCAGACAGAACACACACAUCCACAUAUAUACACAUACUUUACUGUGUGGCUUCCGAGGUUUAAAUUUUAAAAGUAAAAGAAGUAACUUCACGACCACAGACCACCUCAAACCAGAAAUACCUCAGAAUUUUCUACUUGUGUACGUUUUAUUAAUUAUAUAUUUUGUUAGUUGUGUUGUCUUGUAGGAAGUAUAUUUUAAUGUAAGUUGGCUUUUAUGACAAGGAAGUUUAAAAGAAAUAGAGAAAAAGAAAAAAGUUUGUGUCUUCUAGUCAGGACUACCAUUUUUGUUUGAUAAAAGCUCCCUUGUAAAUAAUUGUUGUCAGCUGUAGGUGGCUGUCUGAGCUGAGUCUGGGCAUUCGUCAUCUCUGUCUUGAGGGUAGGCCACUUCCUCCUAGGUUGCUUAGAGGGUCAGGUGUUGUUCCAUAAGUCCCCUGGGUAGUAUUCAGGAUGACACCCCUAUUUUAACUUGGCAGAACCACAGCCCUCAGACCCCCUCAGUAGUUCUUGAGGGUUAAUUCCUUGGGCAGCAGGUAGACUCUAGCGCCUGUCACUGUGCCGUGAAGUCUGGGAGGGCACAGCUCACGGCUGGGCAGCCGCUCCCCUCAGCAUGUCGUGUGUGGUGCCUGGGGCAGCCCUGGGCUUGUUCUUUUCUGUGGGUAUUUGUGCACAGGGUGCUGAGGAAGGUCUGCUGGCUUCCCCCUCAGACCUUGGCCUUUGUCUCCGUGGAUCACUGUGGGCUGGCCAGGUAGGUAGGGAGACAUGUACUUUGUUUCUGUGAGUUAUGUGUGACCCUCCUCCCCCAUUUGAUUUUGUGCUAUGGUAUUUUCUUCUCUCAGAAUACUUUUUUCUAGCAAAACAGGUCUUACAGCAGUUGCUUUUCUUUUCACUUCUUUUUUUAAGGAGCUUUAAAUAUUUAUUGAAAAGUGCCAUAUCUGCUUCCGUUAGCUUUCUCCUCAGGCAGUGGGGACCUCUGCUUUUAACAAACAAACCACUAAGAAAUGUAGUGACUUAGCUGCAGGAGUGACCCAGUCACCAGUCACACGAUGUGCCAAACAGUAAACCCAGCUUCCCUGUGUGACCUUGUGACCUGGGUGGGCUUCUCUUGUGUGCUGGUCUGCUUGUCAUAAGCAUCCUGGCCUGGCUGAGCUCUGGUGUGGGACAUCCCAGUCAUGACACAUUGCAGGCAGGGCAGGCCUGAUACCUUUUCUGGGGGUGGCCCCCCUCUUUGCUGACCCUGUGUCCAGCCACAGCAGUGUCCAUGUCAGGCUUUGCAUCGGAAUGGAGUGUCAAGAGGUGGAACCUGUUUGCUGUGGCCUAGAAAAGGGAGAGUCUGGGUGGUGGUGUCUGAGAAUAGGGGCUGGAGACCUCCUUGAGCUUCAGGUAACACACUCAGGUGCUCAUGCUGGAAGCUA